UCAUGAUGUCUCUCAUGAAUCCGCACCAUGUCCACAGACCGAAAGACCGUCCUCAUCACAGGCUGCUCCAAUGGAGGCAUCGGCGCUGCACUGGCUGAGACCUUCCACGAUCACCGUUACCAUGUCUUUGCCACUGUGCGCACCCCAUCAAAGGCCCCCAAGACACUCACCAACUCUCCCAACGCUACCAUUCUCACCCUGGAUGUGCUGGAUUCGAAUUCCAUCACCAAUGCAGUGGAGAAGGUGACCAAAGCCACUGGCGGCAAGCUUGACGUUCUGGUAAACAAUAGUGGAGGCAGCAUUAUCCUCCCUGCCAUGGAUACCUCAAUCGAGGAGGGCAAAAAGCUAUUCGACUUGAACUUUUGGGCGCCUUUCGCCGUGACGCAGGCCUUUGCUCCUCUACUGAUCAGGUCCAAAGGGUGUGUUGUGAACAACACAUCAGUGAAUGGAGCUCUUCCAUUUGUCUUCAUGAGCAUGUACAAUUCCUCGAAAGCGGCCUUUAUGAGCGCCAGCGAGACUUGGCGUAUGGAGCUGGCUCCGCUGGGUGUUCGCACCAUCACUCUCAUGACUGGUGGUGUGAAGACUAAGUUCUUCGACAAUUACGUUCAACGCCAAGUCCCAGAGACCUCAUAUUACAUCGGAGCAAAGGAUGCUAUACAGAAAUUGGGUGAUGGAAGCUUGCAAGAUAGCGGCGUUGAUCGGUACGCAUAUGCAUCUAAGGUGGUUCAAGCAGUGGAGAGGAAGGAGUCAGGAAAGCUGUGGGUUGGUGGAGGCGCUGUCCCUGCGAAAUGGGCAUUGUGGCUAUUGCCGCAGUGGGGUGUGGAUUUGAUGAUGAGGAAAAUGUUUCCUGUGUUUGGAACAAUCGAAGGUGGACUGAAGAAAGACGCUUAGAGUCGUAAACGGCUGCGCGGUGAUUAUGACUGCGCAGCAGGGGUUGCAAAUCGGCCGUAUUACUAUUUCAGACUAAUGUUUGUGCCCUUUUUCAACAUUUCUAUUUCAGCAUUUUGGUGCCAUUUAUAUAGUUGUCUUUACUUUAGCCUGUUCAAUCACGAAGUCACCU